AUGAUUUCAGUCAAUUUGGAGCACAGAACGGCCAUUUCUACGAUUUUGCUCUCCGAGAAAACGGAUUUGCGAUCGAAAGCGGCUCUCCGGGAACGUCUUCUCAGGAAAUCACUGAAACCAGCGUCGAAUCGAUUGGAGGAUUCUGAAGAGAAUUCUGGAAGGAAGACAUCGGGAUGGGGACCCACGAAGAAGUCAAUGGAGGCGACUACUGAUGAGUUAUUCAGUGCCACGUUGUCUCCUAUUGUAAAGACAAAUGUUAGGAGAGGAUUGGCUUUCGAAGAGGAGGAAGACACUUUUAUGAACAUUCCAAAAAUCGCCACCUCCACAGCGAUCAACGAUAUCGGCGAUGUCUCAGAGGAAGCUGAAAAUCCAAUGGAAACUUCUGGAAAUUCUGACAUAAUCGUAGUGACACCACCACCACCGAAACCCUCCUCAGAAAUCAAUCUGGACGAUAGUGACAUCAUCGACGUCACGCCCCUCAAGGCUCCGCCCAUAAAAAGGGGCGUGGCUCCCGUGGCUCUGGCUCCGCCCCCACCGUCCUGGAGCUCUCAGCAGUCGUGGAACCCUAAUAGACAGCGAGCGCCGUCUCCAGUCCGAGAGGAUUAUACGAAAUUAAGUGUGAAAGAAUUAAUUUCGAAAAGAAAUUCGGCGAUGGCGUUGAUUUCUCACUCGGAACAUCUUCCCGAUAAGGGAAUGACGGUGAUUCGGAAAUUUCAGGAGCUCGACGAUGAGUUUGAGAGACGAAAAGACGCGGGAAUUAAUGUAUAUGAUACGGGGUCUGGGGAUUCCGAUGACUGUAUUGUUCUGGAUGACUCUUCGGAUCCCCCGCCCCCACGACGCGGUGUCGUUGAUCUACCACAGAAGGCGUUCUUCUCCAGAAGAAUCAGUCCUCCGAGAGGCCCCGCCCCUCCGGAUUUCAAUGCUAUGCUUGAUAAGAAUAAUCAGAAAUUGAUGGGCGGAAAGAUGACUGAUGAGAAGUGUCGACGCGUUCAGUUGGUGACUGAUCGAGUUGUGCAGCAGUUGGCCGACGCAACGCAUACAAUACCGGCAGAAACAGACCUGACGGAGACCCCAAAAGGCUUCAAAAUCGACUUGAUGCCUCAUCAAAAAUCGGGUUUAACGUGGAUGAUAUGGCGGGAGUCUCAACCACAACCAGGCGGAAUUCUAGCAGAUGAUAUGGGUCUCGGAAAGACUCUCUCAAUGAUUUCUCUUAUUUCUCAUCAGAAAUCUGCGAGAAUCGCCAGAAAAGAAGCUGGGGGCGGGGCUAACGAGGAUGAGAAAGAAAAACGAAAAAUCGUAAAGGAGGCGGGGCUUGUUCCAUCGAAUAGUACACUAAUUGUGGCGCCGGCGAGUCUCAUUCAUCAGUGGGAAGCUGAAAUUAAUCGACGGCUGAAAGAUGAUGCAUUAUCGAUUUAUAUGUUUCAUGGAACGAAAAAACAGAGGACGAUUGAUGCGAGACGGCUGGCUAGAUAUGAUGUUGUCAUUACUACGUAUACACUAAUUGCUAAUGAGUUAAUUGAGAAAAUUAAGACAAAGGCCAAAAAAGGGGGCGUGGCCGAGGGGGAGGAGUCUGAAGAGGAUUCGGAUAUUGAAGGCGCUGACGGUGACGCUGUUGGCCAUGCGAUUCGCAAAAAAGCCAUCGGAAAAGACGACUCUCCCCUCGCUCAAAUCUGCUGGUCACGUGUGAUCCUCGACGAGGCGCAUGCCAUCAAGAAUCGUCUCUCGCUGUGUUCGAAAGGUGUCUGCCGUCUCUCGUCUUUCUCUCGAUGGUGUCUUUCGGGUACUCCGAUUCACAAUAAUCUCUGGGAUCUCUACAGUCUCAUUCGAUUCCUUCGUGUCCCACCGUUCAGUGAUGCGAAUUAUUGGAAAGAGUCGAUUAUGCCGAUGAAACCGAUUAUGGCGGAUCGCGUGAAUUUGCUGACGAAGAAUUUGUUGUUACGGAGAACUAAAGAGCAGACGUGUGCGGUUACUAAUAAGAAAUUGGUGGAUUUGCCACUGAAAACGGUGGAGAUUCAUGAGUUGGAAAUGGAGGGAGAUGAGAAACAUGCGUAUCUUAUUAUGAUGAAUGCCGCGCAAAAAUUCGUCAAAAAGAUCCUUCAAGAUUCCGACGAUAUGCGACAUCUUGGAUUCGUUCGUCGUCAUAAGAAAAAGGCCGAGGAGUUUCAGAAUCCAUUUAAUUUCGGUCCGCGUAAUCUGGAAGGCGGUACCAACUUCGAGAAGAUGUCAUACGUGUUGAUGCUUUUGCUCCGCCUUCGUCAAGCGUGUGUCCAUUUUCAUAUCACUCGAAAAGGAAUGGAUAUCGACGCAUUUCAAUUGAGCGGUGGAGACGAAACGACAGAUUUAGACGAACUGGGAGAAAUGAUGGAGAAAUCGAUGAGAAUGAUAGACGAGGAGAGAGAGACGCAGACGACAUCAGACAACAACUCGAAGAAAAUCUUCGAACCCGAAUUUUUGAGUUGUAAAAUGAAGAAAACACUCCAGAUACUGUCGAAUAUUGUCGAGAAAGGAGAGAAAGUUGUAAUUGUGUCUCAGUGGACGUCAGUAUUGGAAUUAAUCGAAGAACACAUCAAACAAUACGCCAUUCGAUAUACAUCAAUCACCGGUCAGAUUCCUGUCAAAGAUCGACAAGAACGUGUCGACAGUUUCAAUCGAGAAGUGGGCGGAGCCAAAGUGAUGCUCUUAUCGUUGACGGCCGGAGGGGUGGGACUCAAUUUGACUGGUGGAAAUCAUUUGAUUAUGAUUGAUUUGCAUUGGAAUCCCGCUUUGGAACAACAGGCAUUCGAUCGGAUUUAUCGAAUGGGACAAAAGAAACCCGUUUUUAUUCAUAGACUCAUCACGAAAGGAACCAUCGAGCAACGUGUCGUCGAACUCCAAAAGUCGAAGCUCACCCUCGCCUCGUCGGUUCUCGAUGGAACGGCGACUCGAAAAAUGAACAAAUUGACAACAGCCGACAUCAAAAUGUUGUUUAAUCUUUAA